AUGCACUUCUCACCUGGUGCCCCUAUUCUCACUUCCAAAGACCUCGUGAACUGGGAGUAUAUAGGACACUCAGUGCCUUCUCUCGAAUUCAACAGCCCGGCUUACAAUCUCGAGGAUGGCUUGCGAGCCUAUGCUCGCGGUGUAUGGGCGUCAACGCUUCGGUAUCGUGCGAGUCGAAACAAGUGGUACUGGAUUGGCUGCGUGGACUUUAACGCUACGUACAUUUACACCAGCUCUGCUGCCACCGGGCCCUGGGAUCAAGCCUCUGUGCUUGACAACAAUUGUCUAUACGAUUGCGGUUUACUCAUUGACGACGAUGAUUCUUUAUACGUCACCCAUGGUUCAACACAGCUGUCCGUUACCCAGCUCUCGUCUGAUGGGCUCAGCGCUGCACAGACGCAAACAGUCUAUAAUGCAUCGGUGUACGUGGAAGGGUCUCGUAUGUAUAAGCGCAAUGGCGUAUACUACAUCAUAUGCACUCAGCCCGAUAUUGGUGAAUACGUAUUGAAAUCAGAUAAAGGACCGUGGGGCCCCUACGAGUUUGGUGUGAUUCUCAACGGUACCUCUUCGCCGUCAGCUCUAGCUGGAGGAGAUACGCCUCACCAGGGGGGAAUCGUUGAUACCCCUAAUGGUGACUGGUAUUAUCUUGCUUUCGUUGAUGUGAAGGGCGAUAGCACGGGCCGUGUUCCUGUUCUUUCGAGUUUGAGUUGGACUAGUGAUAAUUGGCCAGUCUUGAAGCUCAACAGUGGCAAUGUUUGGCCACAGAAUUUGUCGUAUCCGGUUGAAAGUGGUGCACAGACGCCGAAUACAGAUGCAUCACUAACCGGAGUUGAUUCUUUCCAGUCUGGAACACUGGGACCGCAGUGGGAGUGGAACCACAACCCUGACCUUAGUCAUGUCUCCGUUUCAAGCAAUGGUGUUCAGUUGUCGACAGCUACAGUGACUAGUUUGGAUGAUAUUUACCAAGCCCGCAACACGCUCACACGGCGGAUUCUUGGCCCUGCAUCUCAAGCUACCAUUCACCUUGAUGUUAGUAAAAUGCAGGACGGAGAUCGUGCUGGAUUGGCACUCUUCCGUGAUAGUUCGGCUUGGAUUGGAAUCCAACAGACCGGUAGUACAAGGAAUUUAGUGAUGCGAGAUAACAUGGUCUUAAACCAAACCAACAGCUGGGCUACUGAAUCGUACGGCACCAAUGUGGCGAGCAUUACAUUUAACCAAAACCCAACGAACCUAUAUCUUAGAGUAUACGGUGAUUUUAGUGCAUCUGGAUCGGCCCAAGCACACUUCUCAUACAGUUUCGAUGGCGUGAAUUUCACUACUUUUGGUAGUACCUUCAAUUUAGCGACUGACUGGGAAUUCUUCCAGGCAUAUCGAUUUGCCAUAUUUAACUAUGCUACAAAAGCUCUUGGCGGGAGCGUGCUGUUGAAAUCGUUUGAUUUAGAGUCUGUUGCUUUAUGA